AUGGCGUCUCUAGAGUCAAAGCUAUUGGACGGCAAAAGCGCAGGCUACUGUAGCAGUUCAGAUGGAGAGGAAGAGGGAUGGUCAGUGGCUAAAGAUGACGACGAGCAUCAGGCUAAUGUUAUGCGCAGAUUGGGUCCGAGCACUAACACUGGCGCAAAAGGAGUACUAAACGAGUAUGCUGCUUAUAAAGAGCAAGCCACAAGAGCACGUGAAGCUAAGGACAGAGAACUGCUCAGGCAGGCCCGCAAAGGCAUGCUUCAAGGAUCUAAAUUGGAACGCGAGGAGGCUCAAAAAAGUGAUCGAGAUGAAGACGAGAGCUUGGAGAGUAUCCGUGAACGUCGUCUCCUGGAAAUGCGAAAAGCAGCUGCGGGAAGGAUGUUGGAGAUUACUAACAAGGAGCAGUUCACAAAAGCUAUUGAUACAUGCGAAAGUCUGCUGUGCGUUUUGUUAUACGAGCCAGGUGAUGAAAUGUGCGAUAAGAUGACUCACGUGUGUAAGGUUCUGGCGGCUGAUUAUCCUCGUGUCAGAUUCAUGCGAGCCAGAAGCACAUUGCUUGAGAUGAGCAAAGCCUUUACAGAGCAGGCGUUACCCACGUUACAAAUCUAUCUGAAUGGUAAUCUAGUGGGCAAUUUCAUAAAAGUACCCUCUCUGUUGGGAGGAGAAGUUGAUGUUACAUCUGUAAGAAAAUUCCUGAGAAGGCAGCAUAUCGAUUUGGUCUAUGGUAACUAUACGACUGAUUCCGAAUGCUCGACUGACGAAGAAAUCGAUUGA